AUGGUUCCACCUCUUAUGUUGUUAUGCAAGUAUGGUGAUUGUACCAUUGUGUUCAAGGUUGUGUCAAACUGCACGUUGAAGGAUUUAACUGAUUUCUUAAGUUGUAAAUUGAAGAAGUUUGACAAUAAUGGUUGCAUACUGUUAUCGUACUGUUUGCCUGGACAUUCGCAAUGCAUGAUUGAUGAUGAUUCUGAUUUUCAGAAUAUGUUGUCGCUUGUUUAUCCCCUUGGUGUUGACCGGGUUGAUGUGACUAUUACUGAAAUGGGCAUUUCAAAUGAAAAACAUGGAGUUGGAGAAUCAGGGGACGCUACUGGAUCCAACAUUACUGAUGAUGAAAUGGAUUUACUCCCUAUGUUUUGUCAACAUGAAGAAAGGACUUUGUUGUCUUGUGAAUGGGUGAAUGGAAUUACUCAUAUAGGUCAAAGAUUUAUUGGAGGUGCAAAGGAUUUUCAGACUGCAUUAUGUAAAUAUACCAUUGAGAUAGGAUUUGAGUUUGUGUAUGUGAAGAAUGAGAAGUGUCGGGUCACUGCUGUGUGUUCAAUGCGAGAGUCGAAAGCUUGUUUAUGGCGAGUACAUGCAUCUCUGGAAAGUGCUAAUAAUUUUUUCUACAUUAGGACUCUACAUGAUGAGUAUUCUUGUGGAGCUGCAGUUCGUACUUCUAAAAACUCAAGGAUGAGUUCAAAUUUGGUUGCAAGUUUGAUUGUUAAUGAAGUUCGUGGGAAUCCCCAAACUCGUCCAAUUGAUGUUGUGCGUCAAUUUACAAAUCAAUACGGGCUCACCAUUACGUACAAUCACGCUUGGUUGGGAGUUGAGAAAGCUAGGACUACUACUUUGGGGGAUUUCUCUAUGUCUUAUGAUGAGAUUCGAUGGUAUAUAGAUAUUGUGAUGAGCACAAAUCCUGGUAGCUAUUUGCGUCUUGACUAUAACCAUCAAAGUGGACGGUUCAAGAGGUUUUUUGUUGCAUUUAAUGCUUCCAUUCAAGGGUUUAGGCAUUGUCGUCCUCUAUUGUUUAUCGAUGGAACUUUUCUGAAGUUUCAGCAAUACUUUCAGGAGUAG